AUGGACAACCCAUUAUUCAUUAACACAAAUGUAAGUGAAUCUGAUUUUAGUCAAUCAUCGUUUAUUGGAUCAAACUUUACUUCUUCCCAAUUGACUAAUGUCGAUUUUUCUUCGGCAAUAUUACGAAAUGUUGAUUUUAGAAAUGUCAUCAUAAAAGGUGUCGAUUUUACACGAGCAAAUUUGGAAAAUUCAAUAAUAACUGAUCAACAACUUCAAGGUAGUUUGUCAUUACAUCAAACAAUAUUACCAAAUGGUACAACGUAUUUAGAAAAAUAUUCACCUAAUUUAGUUCGAAAUGGUGCAGCAUCACAAAUUAAUCAAUGUUCAGACGAUGUUGAUACACCACUAGAUUUUAUACUUGGAUGGACAAUUAAGGAGGGGACAAUAACAACGAUAACACAUGCAGCUCUUAACAAUCUACAUCCAAUACCAGAUCAGUUCGAUAAUGGUGAGAUAUGUUUCUUUUGGGGUGGUUCAUCGGAACAAACAAUAAUGUCGCAAACAAUUAAUGUAGAACAGUAUGCAAGCUUUAUUCAGAAAGGAACGAAUAAAUUUGUGAUCUCUGGUAGACUAGGUGGUUAUGAUAAUCUAGAUGAUAGUGCCGUUAUUACCGUUUAUUUUCUUGAUAUUAAUCAAAAAAUCAUUAAACAAACGUCCAUAGGCCCAGUUACAAGUGUUUCUCGUUUAAAUAACACAGAAUUACAGUUUAUACUUAAACGAGACUAUUGCCCUACAGAAACGAAAACUAUUCAGUUAGAUGUAGUUAUAACAAAAUUUGGCGGUCAUCGUUAUAACUAUGGUAUUGUUGAUCAAAUAGAAUUUUAUAUACAGAUGAACUAA